GGACGCGGUCUCUGCACUGCGGUGCCCUGUCUAGCUGGAGCGGCAAAGGCUGGCGCGGAGGCGGCACCGCGCCCGAAGCGGGGGCGGCGGGGGGAGCAUCAGCCCCGCCGCAGUGGCAGGCGGGGCCGCGGCGGGCUGAAGGGGCGGCCUUCCCGAGCGGGGGCGGGACCAGCACCCGCAGAGCCGACGCCCCUGCACGGACUCAGAGCGGCCGCAGCGGGAGUCCGGAGCGGGUGUCCCGCGGGUGCCCGGACUGAGCGCGGCCCGAAACGCAGAGGCGGCCCUAUCCAUCCUGCUCCAGUUGUGGCGCCCAGAACUCCGCAGAGGACGCGACGGUGAGGCUGGGGUUGCCCGCCGAGAGGGUGACAAUCCCUAGACCCAGCCGCCCAUCCCCUGACAGCUCCGCUGUGGGGCCCCCAACUCCCAUAUCAGUUCUGCCAGGGUGGGGAGGGGUGGGUGCCCUGGACGGAUCCCACGGAAUCCCCCUGCCCCAACGCCUCACCUGGCCUUGCCUCCGAAAGACACUGUCCUGUCUCUUCCCGGUCUCGUUCUUCCCACCCAACCGCCUCCACUCCGGCCUGCAGCCCCUCUCAGCGCCCCAGUCAGGUGAGGCGCCUGAGAGAGAAAGACUACGGUCCUUCGGCUCCCGCUCCCGCUCCCACCCCGCCCCUGCGGUCCCUCGCUGGGCUGGGGACACCCAGGAGGAUGCUGGCCCUUUAAACCCCCUGCACCUCUGAGCAUCUUCCAUCUCCUCAACCGCGCCAUUUCCGACAGCUGGCAGCCGCGGGGAGCCCUGGGGGGCCGGCAGGUACGGGGGCGGCGGCGAGGCCCGGGAGCGGGUGAUGGAACAGCUGUGACCCCCCCCUUCUCCCCACAUCCCCACCCUCCGCCCCUGGAGGAGCAGGCGGCGGGAGUGCUGGGCGCCAUGAGCGCCGGUUAAUCAUUAACCCUCCGCUCUCCGGCUCCCCGCGCGGCUCCGAGCAGUGCUCCGCCCCGGCUUCCCAGGUAACCGGCUAGGAUGCCCAUCACGCCAUCCCCCCUGUUCCCUCCCUUCGCCACCUGUCGGUCCGCCCGCAGCCCCCGGCUCAGCCCGGUGCGCCCUGCUGCUCCACGUCCCAGUGCGCGAGUUCGGUUUUCCCGGCGGCUUGCAGGAGGGCGGAGUCGGGCGCCCGGGACCCACCUUGCGGCCCCCUUCAUCGAGCCCCCCUCCCCCAGGGGCGCCAUGCCCGGCCUGUACUGCCCCUCCAGCUGGACGCCUCUGCCCCUCACCGACUCCUGGGUCCGGGCCUGCGCCAACGGCCCCUGCCUCAGCCUGCGGGCCCGGCUCACCUACCACAACCCGCAGCCGCAGCCGGUGGAAGGAGUGUUCGUGUACCCGCUGGCGGAGGCCGAAGUGGUCUCGGGCUUCGAGGCGGAGGCUGCCGGACGGCGCGUCUCGUUCCAGCUCCAGAGCCGGCGACGCUCGCAAGCCGCUUGCUGCCGCGCUCUGGGCCCCGGGUGGGGGGCCUCCACGCCCCGCCGCUGCGCGCAGGGUCAUCUUGUCUUGGAUCUGGCCCAGGCCCGGUCCACACUGGUGCUGCCCACGGGCCUCAUCAGCGCGGCCGGCGCUGUGACCGUGACCCUGUGCAGCAGCCAGGAGCUGCCCUCCAGGCCUGAUGGGGCGCUGCGCGUGGCUCUGCCCUCUGUGCUCACCCCGCUGGCCUCAUCGGGUCCACCUGGGCCCCCCAGGCCUCCGGGGCUCUGUGACGACAGGUUGGGCCUAUGCCCCACCAGCUGCUUCGGGGUGGGCAGCCCUCAGGAGGAAGGGCUGGCCUGGGAGGAGCCAGCAGCCCCUCAGGAUGUGUUCUCAGGCCCUGCCCGCUGCCCCGCCCCGUAUACCUUCUCCUUCGAGAUGCUGGUCACUGGGCCAUGCCUGCUGGCAGGCCUGGAGAGCCCCUCUCAUGCUCUGCGGGCAGAUGCCCCACCUCACGCCAGCUCUGCAGCCACCAUCUGUGUCACACUAGCAGAGGGCCAUCGCUGUGACCGGGCGUUGGAGAUCCUACUGCACCCCAGUGAGCCCCACCAGCCACACCUGAUGCUAGAGGCUGGCAGCCUGAGCUCAGCAGAAUAUGAGGCCCAGGUGAGGGCUCGCCGGGACUUCCAGAGGCUGCAGCGAAGGGACAGCGAUGGGGACCAGCAGGUGUGGUUCCUGCAACGACGCUUCCACAAGGACAUCCUGCUGAAUCCCGUGCUGGUGCUGAGCUUCUGCCCAGACCUGAGCUCCGAGCCCGGAAACCUGGGCACAGCUACACGGGAGCUUCUCUUCCUGUUGGACGGCAGCAGCGUAGCACACAAGGAUGCCAUUGUUUUGGCUGUGAAGUCACUGCCCCCACAGACGCUCAUCAACCUGGCCGUGUUUGGCACGGCGGUGCAGCCCCUCUUUCCAGAGAGCCGGCCUUGCAGUGAUGACACUGUGCAGCUGAUCUGUGAGAACGUGGAGACCCUGCAGGCUGCAAGUGGCCCCCCAGAUGUGCUGGCUGCACUGACCUGGGCCAUGGGGCAGCCCCAGCACAGGGCCCACCCCAGGCAGCUGUUCCUGCUGACUGCCGCCUCGCCCUUGGCCGCUGCUACCCAGCAAACCCUGGAGCUCAUGCGGUGGCACAGGGGGGCAGCCAGGUGCUUCUCCUUUGGGCUGGGGCCUGCCUGCCACCAACUGCUUCAGGGUCUGUCUGCCCUCAGCAGGGGCCAGGCCUACUUCCCCAGGCCUGGGGAGAGGCUGCAGCCCAUGCUGGUGCAGGCUCUGCGGAAGGCACUGGAACCUGCUUUGAGUGACAUCUCUGUGGACUGGUUUGUGCCUGAUGUGGUGGAGGCCCUGCUGACACCCCGGGAGAUCCCAGCGCUCUACCCCGGGGACCAGCUGCUCGGUUACUGCUCACUCUUCAGGGUGGAUGGCUUCCGGCCCCGCGCCCCAGGGGGCCCAGAAGCUGGCUGGCAGAGCUUGGGAGGCUCCGUGUUCCCGUCCCCGGAGGAAGCACCGUCUGCCACCAGUGCUGGCACUGAGCCCACUGGCACCUCGGAGCUCCUGGGAACAGGCACUGUGUCAGCGGAGCUGUCCAGCCCAUGGGCUGCUGGGGACUCAGAGCAGACAGGUACUGAUGCUCUGACAGACCCAGCCACAGACCCUGGACCCAACCCCUCCUCUGACCCAGCCAUAUGGCGCCGCAUCUUUCAGUCUUCGUACAUCCGGGAGCAGUAUGUGCUCACCCACUGCUCCGCCAGCCCGGAGCCAGGUCCAGGCUCCACAGGCAGCAGCGAGUCCCCCGGCUCCCCCGAGGGCAUGGCUCCCCUGCAUCUCCCUUCUCAGCAGGGCUGCCGCAGUCUGGCCUGGGGAGAACCUGUGGGCUCCCGCUCCUGCCCCCUGCCUCCACCCCCACUGGCUCCAGUCAAGUCUGGGGCCUUGAGUGCUGAGGUGCUGGGUCGUCGACACAGAGCAGCGCUGGCUGGCCGGAGUCUCUCAUCCCCCCCAGGCCAGGUGAACCCAGUCCCUGGCCGUCCCCAGCACCCCUCUCUGGGCACAGCACCCGAUGGGCCAGGCCCUGAGUCAGGGCAGCAGCUGGGACAGGGCCUGGACGACUCAGGAAACCUGCUCUCCCCGGCCCCUAUGGACUGGGACAUGUUGAUGGAACCCCCCUUCUUAUUCACGGCUAUGCCCCCCAGUGGGGAGUCAGCCCCUCCAGCAGAGGCCCUGCCUCCUCAGGCUCCACGCUGCCAUGUGGUGAUCCGGGCCCUGUGUGGGGAGCAGCCUAUGUGCUGGGAGGUGGGUGUUGGGCUAGAGACACUGUGGGGACCUGGUGAUGAUGGCUCGCUGCCUCUGUCACCCCCUGAAAGAGAAGGUGCUUGGGACCAAGCACUCCACCGGCUGACAGCAGCCUCCGUGGUCCGGGACAAUGAGCAGCUGGCUCUCCGGGGAGGGGCCGAGGCCACGGCUGACCGAGGCCAUGCCCGGAGGUCCUGGCUCCGAGCCCUUCAGACAAGCAAGGUCAGCUCUGCCCCUUCCUGUUUCACUUGCCCGGUAGCUGUGGAUGCUACCACCAGGGAGGUCCUGCCCUCAGCCCUGCAGGUGCGGAGCUCAGAGCUAGCUGAGCCCCCAAGCACGUCUGCCCCGCAGGGCCAUCUAGAUGCAUCUCCUCUGCCGACAGCUGUGCACUCGAAAGGACCUCAGGGAGGCUCUCUGGUAGGCGGCUGGAACCCGAACCAAAAUGGCAACCCCAAGUCCACCAGAAGUCCUCAUCGCCUUCCCCCCCAGCCUCCCUCUAGGCUCAGCCUGGGCAGUGGGAGGGCCAGAGGCUCUGCCAGCCACCGACUCUGCAGCCCCCACCAGGGCCAGGCCAGUGAGGGCAACAGUGAAGGCAGCGACCACGACUACUUGCCCUUGGUGCGGUUGCAGGAGGCACCCGGCUCCUUCCGCCUGGACACGCCCUUCUGUGCAGCGGUGCGCAUCCCAAAGGAACGCCUGUGCCGAGCGUCGCCCUUCGCCGUGCACCGCGCCAGCCUCAGCCCCACCUCGGCCUCCUCUCCCUGGGCACUUCUGAGACCUGGUGUUGGCCAGGGGGACAGUGCCACGGCCUCCUGCAGUCUGUCUCCCAGCUCAGGCUCCGAGGGUCCAGGCCAGGUGGACAGCGGGAGGGGCUCGGACACCGAGGCUUCAGAGGGCGCAGAAGGGCUGGACGGUGCCGACCUGAGGGGCCGGACGUGGGCCACAGCCGUGGCACUCGCGUGGCUGGAGCACCGCUGCGCUGCCGCCUUUGGCGAGUGGGAACUAGCAGCGGCUAAAGCGGACUGUUGGCUGCGGGCCCAGCACCUGCCCGAUGGCCUUGACCUGGGUGCUCUCAAAGCGGCGGCCCGGGGUCUCUUCCUGCUACUCCGCCACUGGGACCAGAACCUGCAGCUACACCUGCUGUGCUACAGCCCGGCAAACGUGUGA